UCUGGAUAUCGCAGUGGCGUCUUCCUUACUUUGUCCGUGUCCCGGGCUCGCGAUCUGCCUUCCGGAGCCAUGUCCGAAGGAGUGGACCUGAUUGACAUCUACGCCGACGAGGAGUUCAAUCAGGAUCCAGAAUUCAACAAUACAGAUCAGAUCGAUCUGUAUGAUGACGUGCUGACAGCCACCUCACAGCCCUCAGAUGACAGAAGCAGCAGCACCGAGCCACCUCCUCCUGUUCGCCAGGAGCCGUCUCCCAAGCCCAAUAACAAGACCCCUGCGAUUCUGUACACCUACAGCGGCCUGCGCAACAGGCGGGCUGCUGUGUAUGUGGGCAGCUUCUCCUGGUGGACCACAGACCAGCAGCUGAUCCAGGUUAUUCGCUCUAUCGGAGUCUAUGACGUGGUGGAGUUGAAAUUUGCAGAGAAUCGAGCAAAUGGCCAGUCCAAAGGGUAUGCUGAGGUAGUGGUAGCCUCUGAAAACUCUGUCCACAAGCUGUUAGAGCUCCUGCCGGGAAAAGUUCUUAACGGAGAAAAAGUCGACGUGAGGCCAGCCACCAGGCAGAACCUGUCACAGUUUGAGGCACAGGCUCGGAAACGUGAGUGCGUCCGAGUCCCAAGAGGGGGAAUACCUCCACGGGCUCACUCCCGAGAUUCGAGUGAUUCUGCUGAUGGACGGGCCACGCCCUCUGAGAACCUUGUACCCUCAUCUGCCCGUGUGGAUAAGCCCCCCAGUGUGCUGCCCUACUUCAACCGCCCUCCGUCAGCCCUCCCCCUGAUGGGUCUGCCCCCACCUCCAAUUCCACCCCCACCACCUCUCUCCUCAAGCUUCGGGGUCCCUCCUCCUCCUCCUGGCAUCCACUACCAGCAUCUCAUGCCCCCUCCUCCUCGAUUACCUCCUCAUCUGGCUGUACCUCCCCCUGGGGCCAUCCCACCUGCCCUUCACCUCAACCCAGCCUUCUUCCCCCCACCAAAUGCUACAGUGGGGCCUCCACCAGAUACAUACAUGAAGGCCUCGGCCCCCUAUAACCACCACGGCAGCCGGGACUCGGGCCCUCCGCCCUCUACAGUGAGUGAAGCAGAAUUUGAAGAGAUCAUGAAGCGAAACAGAGCAAUUUCCAGCAGUGCCAUUUCCAAAGCAGUAGCUGGAGCCAGUGCAGGGGAUUACAGUGACGCGAUCGAGACGCUGCUCACAGCCAUAGCUGUCAUCAAACAGUCCCGGGUCGCCAAUGACGAGCGUUGCCGUGUCCUCAUCUCCUCCCUUAAGGACUGUCUCCAUGGCAUUGAGGCCAAGUCCUACAGUGUGGGUGCCAGCGGGAGCUCGUCCAGGAAAAGACAUCGGUCCCGAGAGAGGUCACCGAGCCGGUCCCGGGAGAGCAGCAGGAGGCACCGGGACCUGCUUCACAGUGAAGAUCGGCAUGACGACUAUUUCCAAGAAAGGAACCGGGAGCACGAGAGGCACCGGGACAGAGAACGGGACCGGCACCACUGAGAGAGGAGUCGGUCGGAAGCAAAUGUUUUUUAAUGGACUUGCAUCUCCUCACCUCGAUCAGGACUAAAGGACGGAGGCCGCUCCACCCCUUCCCUUCCCUCCACGCCCCUCCCCUCCAGACACCCAGGGAAUGCCCUCUGCCCACAGGAUUGAAGACUGCGGCCCUCCCAGUCCCACACCUCCUGUUUGCUGGGGAAAGAGCCUAAAGACUGUGUGCUUGGGAGGGGAGGCAGGCAGGAAGAAGGCAGGUCCAGGCCCUGGUCUCCGUAGAGAAUGGUGCUUUGUUCAAGGAAACGUGAGUUUCUGAUUCUCCAGGAGCAGUUGAGUGGUGAGGUCCAUGGGAAGGCUUCCUUCUCAAAGACAAGGAGUCCUUCCAGUGGGAUCUAGGAGAGCAAUGGGGGUGCCCAGGUCCUGCCCUCAGCACUAGGUUUGAUGGGGCCAAGAGGGUCCAGACCCCUUGCUAACACCACUUCGUCUAACUCCUUUCCUGCCCAGCCCUUUGAGGAGGGACCAUGAGAACAGAAAUUCAUGAACAGCUUCUCUUACUCUCGCUUUUCCUUCUUACGAUUGACGGUUUGUUUCCCCGGCCUCCCAGAGGCGGACGCCUUCCUGCUCCUGCUGCUCAGCUCCUCCGAGGACUUGCCCUCGGGUGUGGAGCAGGCCCAGGAGGUGCUGCCCGCUGAGAGCCCUGAGGAGCCAGUGCCCGCCCUCUGCCUCCCGCUCUGCUUAGGGCUUGGUUGCCUCUUGCAAUAACCAGCUCUACCAGGUGUUCUGUUUCCCCGGCUUCACCAUUUCACGGGAGCCCUUCCCCCCGAGGGCUGCUUCCUUGUUUUAGAGGAAGGUAUUGCCGCUGGGAGGUGGGGGCGGCGGACCUCAGCAGCGCAGAGCCCUGGUGCAGUGCCAGGAUGGGGAAGGCCCGCAGGCAGGGCCCGGCCUGCUUCCAUACGCCUUGCUUCUGUGUUCAGGUUUGAUGUAACCAUGGGCUUGCACCCCCAGGUACCAGUUUCACUUAUUGGGGGGUAACCUGACACUAGCAGACAGGGAAAGUCACAGGGGGGGUGUCUUCCCACCUUUUGAUUAUUGACCUCCUAUCUCCCCGUGCUCUGCCUGGAGGUACUUCCUGCCUCUGAUGAGCAGGGAAGAAGUGGAGCCCGACUUGAAUGAGCUCCGUGUUCUAAGGACCACCCUCGGGGCCAUUUUCCACACCGGCAUGGAAUUGGCGUAUGGAAUUGCUUUUCCCAUAACAUGUACAUGUGAUGUUCUGAUUGCUGAGGGAGGCAGCAGCCACAGGGCCCUGCAGUGCCAGGGGGCGAUGGGUGCUGUUUGCGCAUCUAGAGGGCACGCGGCAUCUAACGAGACACGGCAUGUGACAUAGACUUGGCAUGUGAGGUGUGGGGUCAUUGGAGACCCUGGUGGCUCAGGGAGAGACUGAGUUGGACUGAACCCUCCUCUCCCCUGCACGUUUCUGACCCAGCCCUGCGGUCCCUGAGGGCGGGCGUCCCCCGGGGCUGGAGAGGCACAUUCCCUUGGGACAGGCUACAGGUUGUAGCUCCUUUCCCCUGUCCCAGGUCCCAUCCCCACCGCCACCGCCACCUCAGAACAUGGCGCCCUGCCUGCUGUCGGAGUGCGAGGUACUGGGCGUGUCCUCGAGAGCAGCUCCUGUGUCUACAGCGUAGAGACCCAGUAAGGGGACGGUGAGGAACGUACAGAGUGCAGGAAAGCCGUUUACCCGGGAGCUUUUUCUCCCCAUUUUUGUUUUGUUUUUAUUCAAUGACACCAUUUUUAGUUUUGUUUCCUGAUAGCAAAAGGAAAAAAACCCAAUCCUCAAAAAGGCCAAGGCCCCGUCCCCCUGUUGUCGGUGAUCUGUUUGUCUUUCUGAUAGGUUGAAAAUUGUGUAAUAAACUUGAUGACGCUGUCAAUCUUUUAUACUGCAUUGUAUUUUUUUCCUUUUGUAACAAAGUAUUUUUAAACAAUAAAUGGGGUGUGAGCUA